AUGAAAACUGGCCAAAUCGCUAACAAGAUCCAAGCAGACAAGUCCCUUAACAAGUUGAACUACAAAGCUUACAUCCCGAAACACUUUAUUGCCAUAUCAGGUGUCGUAACUGGUGUGCCGAUCGAUAUGACGCUGGACGAGAUUAUGGAAAACAUGACAUGUGUAGUACCAAUUUUGGGAGUCAACAGAUUAUACCGCUACGUAGAUGGAGAAAAGGUUCCAGCGUCACGCAUCGGAAUAACUUUUAAAAGCAACCGUCUUCCCUCGGAAGUUCGCAUGUUUUGUUGCAACAACUAUGUCAAGCCGUUCGCUAACAAGGCAGUAUUCUGUAACAACUGUCUCAGAUACAACCACAAAUCGAUUAACUGCAGGGCACGCCAAAGAUGCGGCCAGUGUGGACAACUACAUGAAAAUGGAAACAAUAAGGAAUGUAAGGAGUUAAUCAAAUGUCUACAUUGCCGGACAGAAGGUCAACAUCAAACCGGAGACUUUGGAUGCCCAGAACGAAAAAGACAGAAUAACCUCAAAACCAUAAUGGCAACAACUAACCUAACGGUGGUGGAAAUACGGGAACAAUAUCCUAUAUACACAGAAAAUCAGUUCAGUUUAUUAGAAAACAUUAGGGAACAUCCCACACUGGUGGACUCAUAUGCAGAUACGGUAAAAAACAAAGUGAAACCAGGACCAACAAGACAAAGACACCAACAAGCGAAAAGAAUACCAGAGGAAGACCCAAUCGAGUCUGAGGCAAAAGCGUAUAACGAUAAGAAGCGUAAAACACAAGAUUCAGGGAACAAUGGAGUAGCGCUUUUUAAUCGAUACAAGGUAGAUAAAAAAGAAAAACUACGCUGGAAGAUGGAGUUGCACAAAGCAUCCAGACAGAGAACGUACAGAGAUCACGAACAGAAUUCUGUAGAUCUUAUGGAAGGACAGGAAGAAGAAACAUAUUCCGGAAUGCCUUUGAGACCGCAAGGGCUUGACCACAGAGAACAAUCAAGUCAACCACCUGACACCAACAAGAUAAGGUACAAUUACGGUAAAUUUGACGGUAAACCGCAAUAA